ACUACAGUUCUUUUACUGCUUCAUACACCGUCACAUGUCAUCUUCACAUACUUUAGACGAUGUGGAACGACAAGCUGCGCAGGAAAGCCUAAAAGAGGUAUUGUCUGUUUCAGAUUCCAAAAGAGAGCGUAAAUGUAUUCCAGAUCGAACAGCGCAGUGUUGCUUCCUUUGCCUUCGAGGGAAGAAAUCUGGGCAAUACGCAGUUCGACUACACUGCUUCCGUCCUAUCAAGUGGCGUAGAUUCGCACGUCGUCAGCUAGUGAAUAAGAGCGGGGGUAUACAAUCGGAGAAGAAAAUCUACGAGAAACUUGACCCAAAAGAGAACGCUUGUGAAAGUGACGCUGCUAUCUACCAAAGAUUGAACGACGCUUGCUUCCAAUAUCACGGUAAAUGGAAGCAUUGGAUUCCUUUCUAUGGUGUCGUUGAUGUACAUGAAGUUGAGUUUCGACUGCUUGGAGAUCCGGACAGAACUGGGCCGAUCCCUAUCCACAUAUAUCCGGUCAAUGUCGAAGAAAUUCGCAAAAAGAUGGAACAGACAAUUGCAUUAGAACCUGAUUACGACUUUGGUGAUCAUUGUAACGAACAAGGCUGGCAUAGCAGAGAUUGCGAGAAUAUGAUGGAUACAUCCGAUGAUCUCUGUCUCAAUGACCGAAUUCAGAUGGCCCGGCAACGAAUGGAGAAAUUUGAUAUCCUCUAUCUACUAAAAGAUUGUGCGCGUAACCCAUGGAAAGCUAAUGGGCUACAGACUUUGGAUGGCAUGGCGCAAGAGAGUUGCAUUUAUAAUACUAAACAGGUUAUAGUUCCUGGACGUCAGCAAUCUUAUUACCGAAAAGACAAGCUACGUGGUAUAGAGUUCGUUAUGGGAUGGCAAAUGGAUCGUAUUACCUGUGAAAUGCCAGUUAAGAUAGCUUGGAUCUGGUUUAGCCUCGCCAUAACGUGGCUUUGUGUCAUUGUUUGGGGUGGCUCAACUAGGGACUGGGCUACUGCAAUGGCGUUUGGACAGCUUUUUGUGGCCUUCAUAUCCCUGAUAUUCUUUUGUGCUAAGGAUUAAAAGCAUAUCGGUGCGUUGAUGUCUCUCUUAAUGUCAAUGACGGGUUUGCAACGAGGGCAUAGCUGUAUUUCAUAUGUUACGAUAAAACUGCUCCAGUGCAGUUCUCAUAAUAGGAUAUUGAUACAACAAAAUGCACAACAAGAGGUUUUCAAUAACAC